AUGUCGAUGGAUACCGAACUAAGACACCGGGCACCAGACCACGAAACAGACGAUCAUGACAUCGCAGAUCGAACUUCUGACGAGGACGAAGCCGUGGAAACGAAAGAAGCCGGCACGAUGCCUGAAGGGGCAAUCAGUGAAUAUGAAAACAUUAGACUUCAAAAAGAAUACCUAGAAAAAUUAAUCGCUGCUGAAAAAGAGAGGGGCAUGAGAACACGGUUUGUGGACAACGUCAAAUUUUCACCACCUCGUUUGAUGGGAGUGCUUUUAUUGAUACGAUCUCUCAACGUGUUCUUGAUACAGACUUUCUUUGUAGCUGACGAGUACUGGCAGUCGCUGGAGGUAGCUCAUCAAAUGGUCUUCAAAUAUGGACAUCUGACCUGGGAAUGGAAAAAUGGUAUCAGAGGAUAUACCCAUCCGUUGAUAUUUGCUGCAAUAUAUAAAAUAUUAGAAUACUAUCAAAUUGACCAUCCAAUGUUACUGAUUUUGCUGCCGAGGUUAGUGCAAGGGAUGUUAGCGGCUGCAGCUGAUGUCUACCUCUAUAAGCUGGCUCAGAGAUUGUUUGGUUCAGAAAUUGCCUACUGGGUUCUUCUAAGUUAUUUAACUUCUUGGUUUGUGUGCUACAUAUGUACAAGGACUUUGUCUAACACCAUGGAGAUGAUAUUAUUGAUCUUCGGACUUUACUACUAUGCAUGGCCUACUGACUGGAUACAUAAAGAAUAUAAAGAGAAACAAUAUCCAAAUUUUAUAUACCUAUCCAUAGCAGCAAUAUCAUUUAUCAUUCGACCAACUGCAGCGGUUGUAUGGCUGCCUUUCAUAAUGUGGCAUUUUAUAAGGUCUGAAAAUAAAGUAUGGCUUAUCUUCACGGGCUAUAUACCUGUAGGAAUAUGUGCUGCUGCAUGGUCAGCUGGGAUUGACAGAAUAUUUUAUGGCAAGUGGAUAUUUGUACAAUACAAUUUCUUCUACUACAAUUUCUUCAGCGACAUUGGCUCAAAUUAUGGCUCUCACCCUUUCUAUUGGUACAUGGUUACUGGAAUACCCAUUGUUUUGGGAACGCAUCUCAUUCCAUUGUCGUUUGGCGUCAGGAAAGCAUGGCAGGAGAAAAAGUACCGUCCAUUGUUAUAUAUUCUAUUAUGGACAGUCGUGGUUUAUAGUGUGUUCAGCCAUAAGGAGUUCCGUUUUAUGUCAUCUGUGAUACCUAUAGCAAUGCUGUUCUGUGGUAUAUCACUGCACAUGUACAGCAAGAAGAUUUCCUUUGCUUCCUUCCUGAUACUUGGUCUGUUGAUAACCAACCUGCCUGUGGCUUUGUAUUUCGGCAUGUUACAUCAACGAGGGACUAUGGAUGUCAUGCCAUACUUACAAAACAUGUGUUCCAAUGCCAAGAAUAAGAAUGAAUUGCCAUCAAUAGUGUUUUUAAUGCCGUGUCACCACACACCGUACUACAGCCACUUACAUUUCAAUGCGGCACUGAGAUUCCUGGAUUGUUCACCUAAUUUAAAGAAUAAAACCAACUACGUUGAGGAGGCUGAUAGAUUCUAUAAGAAUCCCAACAAGUGGCUGAAGACAAGAUACAGUAAACCAGGAACUCAGCCAAGUCUGUUGGUUUUCUAUACUGUCCUGAAACCAAGAAUCAAAGAAUAUUUGAUAGAGCAUAAUUACAAAGAGGGUGCAAAGUUCUUCCACACCCAUUUCCCUGAGGGCAGAGUUGGAAAGAAAGUGGUUGUGUAUCGUAAAACUUCAAAGGUGCCACCAGAAUUUGAAGACAUGAAAAAUAACUAG